AUGGCUUUCCAAACACCCGUCGCCGUACAAAACCUCGUUUCCACUACCUCUGAACUCUGGCCAACAAUGUCUACCGUUCUAAAGUCGCCAUGGCAGGGCCUUAGUCGACGGACAGGCUCAUCAAGCAACGCUGACCAGCGCCGAGCUGUGGCUUCCACCGUGGCUUCUCGCGAUGCGCAAGUACAGAAUCAUACGUCUUCAUCGCUUCCGGACUUCCUCGAAUCAAUGCCAGUAUCGGCACUUCGCCCAGGCCCCGCCGCUCGUCUGUCGCAUCCAGCGCCUACUGUCAAUGGAAUACUGUCAACAGUACCCCGUGUUGGCCUCCCAUUUUGCAACCCGCUUGCGCGUGGUUCGCCAUUCCAUCGUUCACCGGCUAGGCAGUACUCCACUGUGACCCGAACCGUUUUCUCCAACCUCCGACCGAUCGUACGAGUAGGAAAUGUUGGAUUGGCACUGGAGCAACAUCGAUCGUUCUUCGGUGGACCUUCUCACAAUACACUCGCUCGGUUGGAACAAGCUGCAAACAAUAAUCCUAGCAGCGCAUCCGCUCAAUACGCCUUUUACUCCGCGCUUCUGAGGGCUAACAUGCCUCAAAUUGUUGUGGAUAGACACCGCACUGGUCAAUUCGCUAGCAACGCAGUUGUCGAAACUGCCGUUCAGAAAGCCAUGGGCAAGCUUGGACAAUCUGAUGGUGCCGGCGGACAGAACAUUCAGAACGGCAACGGGAACAUGACACCGCAACAAAUGCAGGCUAUCGGCCAAGCUGUUGGCGCGCAUGUUGGUGGUGGCCAACUCGGAAAGACUCGCGGUGGUUCUGGUGUCAAAAGCGAUCCUCUUUACGUCGUCAUUGAAGAGUCCAUGUGGAGUACCAUCUUUAAAUGGGCCAGAUGGCUUCUCAGUUUCGGUUUGUCUGCAUAUGUCGCCCUCAUUGUAAUCACCUUGUUUGUCGAAACCAGCGGCGUUCUGAAAAAGGUCGGUGGCGGUACCACUGCGGAGGUUCGCCCUGAACAGCAGAGCACUCGCUUCAGCGAUGUCCAUGGAUGCGACGAGGCUAAAGAGGAACUCCAAGAUGUUGUCGAUUUCUUGAAGAACCCCGACAGGUACAACAAGCUUGGUGGCAGACUUCCUAAAGGUGUGCUUCUAAUCGGUCCUCCUGGAACUGGAAAGACUCUUCUCGCCCGUGCAGUUGCAGGGGAGGCCGGCGUCCCAUUCUUCUACAUGUCUGGAUCCGAAUUCGACGAGGUAUAUGUUGGUGUAGGUGCUAAGCGUGUUCGUGAGCUCUUCACUGCAGCUCGAUCCAAGGCACCAGCCAUUGUAUUCAUCGACGAACUUGAUGCCAUCGGUGGCAAGCGCAAGUCACGCGAUGCGAACUAUCACCGUCAAACUCUCAAUCAGCUUCUCAACGAUCUCGACGGUUUCGAUCAAAGCACCGGUGUGAUUUUCAUCGCGGCAACGAAUCACCCUGAAAUAUUGGACAAGGCUCUACUCCGUCCCGGUCGUUUCGAUCGUCAUAUCAACGUUGAACUGCCUGACGUAAGGGGUCGUAUGGCCAUCCUUAAGCACCACACCCAGAAGAUCCGCUUGGGUCCCGAGGUCGAUAUUACCAAGAUUGCCCGCGGUACCCCUGGAUUUUCUGGCGCCGAAUUGGAGAACCUUGCUAACACUGCUGCCAUCCGUGCCUCGAAACAACAAAGUAAAUUCGUCACAGUGGAAGACUUGGAGUGGGCCAAGGACAAGAUCAUGAUGGGAGCUGAGAGGAAGAGUCGUGCGGUGCCUCUUAAGGACAAGCUUCAGACUGCCUACCACGAGGGAGGCCAUACCCUCAUUGGUAUCUAUACUAAGGGCUAUAAGGAGGUUCACAAAGCCACCAUUCUUCCGCGAGGACAUGCUGCCGGUAUUACCUUCUUCUUGCCUCACGAGGAACAUCAUAGGUCGAAAGCCCAGUAUCUGGUCGACCUCCAGGUUGGAAUGGGUGGCCGAAUGGCUGAGGAGAUCGUUUACGGUGCCGACAAUGUCAGUGACGGUGCCUCUGGCGAUAUCCAGCAAUCGACCAGCCUGGCUUACGCGAUGAUCACUUCUUAUGGAUUCUCCGACCUCCUUGGCAACGUCGAUUUCCGCUCGAAUUACGAGCAAGUCUCUCCCGAGACCAAGCGACUGAUCGAUAACGAGGUCCGUCGUCUCAUUGAUGAAGCCAAGACCUCGGCGAGACAAAUCUUGAUCUCGAAGAGGAAAGAGCUGGACCUCCUCGCCCAAGCUCUUGUCCAGUAUGAAACCCUCGACAAAGACGAGAUCUUGAAAGUCAUCAAGGGAGAGAAGCUACCAGAUCGUCUGAUGGCCAUGCCAGAUGCACCCAUCAAGAUCCCAGAGAUCCCCCCACCACACGUCAUCGCGCCACCAGCGCCGGGUUCCAACAACGAUCCACCAGGCCCAACUGGCGUACUGGCGUAA